AUGUCUAGCCCUAAGCGCAGAAUCGAAACAGAUAAUGAUAUAUUACUUGGUGCUAAUAUGACUCCUAGGUUGAUGAGUGACUAUGAGGUGACCCUGGUUAAUGAUAACAGUGAGCAAGAAUUUUACGUGCGUUUUAAGGGUCCUGAGGAGACACCGUUUGCCGGCGGACACUGGAAAAUCCACGUUGAAUUACCUGAUCAAUAUCCCUACAAGAGCCCAAGUAUUGGGUUUGUCAACCGGAUUUUUCAUCCGAACAUUGAUGAGCUCUCUGGCUCUGUUUGCCUGGAUGUGAUCAACCAGACUUGGUCGCCCAUGUACGACAUGGUCAACAUCUUCGAAGUUUUCCUUCCUCAACUACUGCGUUACCCGAACCCUUCAGACCCGCUCAAUGGCGAAGCUGCAGCCAUGUUGAUGAGAGAACCCAAGAGCUACGAUGCCAAGGUGAAGGAAUAUGUCUCCAAAUAUGCCAGUAAAGAAGCAGUGGACGAUGCUGGAGAAGACACCGAAUCCGAAGACGAAUUGAGCUCGGCUGGCAGCUACGAGUCUGGUGGCGAAGAACCCGCCGGUGCAAUGGACGAUGUCUAA